AUAAUAUUUCAAUUACUUUAGGCACACCAAACAAAAUAAAAGCAAUAACUCAGAUCUUAAUCUUCAAAUUGGAGGUACCAUUAUUUCUUCUGCCCGAGUAGUUAAAAGUCUUGGAUAUUCGAGUCUCAGCUAUCGCCAAGUUUAGUACUCGUGAACUGUGAUGUCCGACUUAACUUUAAUAAAAUAUCUGUUUUGAGAGCGUAGAGUCUUAGGUAUAACAUUGCAUUUAAUUUGAAGUGAAUCGCUCCCUGGCAAUCGUAAAAGUUAUGUAAGUAUUAUAGUUGUUUAAGGAUGUUUUCAAAAUAUUAUUUAGUAUAGGGAAAAUUGAAAUUACCACAUCGGAUGUUAUGUUGUAGACUUUAAAAUGAUAGGGUUGUCUAAUAAUAGAUAUGAGUACACAAAUGUGGUCCGUUUUUUAUGUGAACAGGAAAGUGGAAUUCGGAAUAAGGUUGAAUAGGAGCCUAACCUUCAAGGCCAAUUAUUAUUUAUUUGUACAUCAUUUGGCGUAAAAGUUUUUAUAACUAUUACUGCAGCAUGACUUUGGAAUACAUGAAUCCGUUUCGAUUGCAAUGAACAAGUUUAAGAAAACAGUCAGACCAGGAGUAUCACGACAUUGAAGCAAGAAAAUUUUUUUUCGACAAAUAACUAGAGCACAACUUUUUCUACCUAUGUACCUAAUUUCAAUAGAUUUGUGCAAUUGGUUUCCAAGAUAUUUAACCGUUUCCAUACAUUCUAGCGACCCUGUAUAUGGAAGAGUUGAUAACACGAAAUUAUCUUAAUUCCGCUUUUAGAAUGAUAUCGAAUCGUGUUAAACAAAACGGUUUCAAAGGACACAGACUGUUGCAAUACGCGUGAGUAACAAGUUCAGAGCAAUAAUUGUGAAGUAAUGCUGUAAUUGUGACGUUAUAAACGUGGACUUCUUGACCGUGUUCACUGUCAAAAGCUUACACCGAUUGGUAUUUUGACAGAAUGUUUUUUCAUCAGAUACAUUCAACGUUGUAAUCAUGGACUCGAGUUCCGACGAAGAAAUCAGGAAAUUGGAAGAGGAAUUAAAACGAAAAAUUGAGCAAAGAAGAUGAAAAAAACACGAACAGGGAAAUAAUAGCGUGUUACGCAAGCAGUCAGAUGAAGAAAAGCCGGGUUUUUUAAAAAUGCAAGCAGAAGUUAAGACGUUUGUGGACAAUCAACACAAUCCGACUGAAGAAAAUAUGCAGCCAACGGAGACAAAAAAUAUAGCAGAGACAAUAAAGACUUUUAAGAAAAGACCUGGUACCACCGAUAAAGGAAGAAAGUACGAAGAUAUGAUUAUGACUAACAUUAUACUGCAAAUGGUAAGCGACAGUAAAAUAAGAAAUUUCUACGUUUCGUCGAACGAUGCAAGUUUCGGUGAUUUCGACGAUGUAGUUAUCGAAGUUGAGACAGAUCGAGGAACUCACACAAAGGCAAUACAAUUAAAACACACCAGUCGAGGAACAUUAACCAAACAACAACUAUUAAGCAAAAAGGGAGAUUUUUGCAUUUCCAAAUAUUUCAACUCCACCAAAAACAUACAGGACAAAGCGCAACAAUUUAUAUUAUUCACCAACAAGGAAUUUAAUAUUGCGGACAAAACAAAACUUAAACUCGAAGGAGAAGAGUUUCACAUAGAGUUGAUUAAAGUGUCAGCUUCAGAAAACAGUGCCGAGGAUUUAGGAAUCUCUAAAAAUAUAAACUAUUGGUAUAAAUUUCAAAUCAUAGAAGAGAAGUGGAGUAAAGAAGAUUUUGAAAAAAUUCAGCAAUACAAAACAUUCUUCGAACGGUUUCGUCUUUACACUAACCAAGAACGAUUGGAAAUUCUUACAAAGUCAACAAUGGAUAGAUUUACUGAGAUGUUCUUUUCCAACGAAGACAUAUUCGACGCUUAUUUUAAGUUCAUUUCGGAAUGGAGUUUGAAAGAAGGGCUCAAGGAAAAACUAAGCAAAAAAUCUACGCAACGUUUAAUUGCACUUCGUUUGCUUUCUCCGCAUAUCGAACCUUUUGCUUUUGGCCCAGUCAGUGAUGAUAUGAGGAUCCUUCGAGACGCUAUUUAUCAAUUCGACAUCACGUUGUUGCAGAAAGAAGGCACUAACAGAGUUAAAAAGUUGUGGGGCGACUUGGACAAAAAUCUUGAUUUCAACGAAUUAAACAAAGUGCGAUCUCGCUAUUCUCUUUCUUCUGCUUAUAUAGCCAGUGUCGAAAAUCUGGACGAAAAUAUGUUGACGCAGUUGCUAUGGUUGAUGGACAAAAGUCCGUUAAUUGUAAAAGAACACAAAAAUAUCGAAAAAGCUGUUCAGCUUUGUCGUGAUAAAAAAUUCGUUUUACUUGGUGAUGGAGAGUGUAAGGAAUGGAUGGAAGAUCGUUCCGUUUUUCAAAACUUGUCACAUUUAGAGUCAAAACUUGAGUUACAUGAUCAAGUGCUACAAAAUUUUAGCAUUUCCUUGCAGGGAAAAAAUGCAGUUAAUUUGAAGACUGCGUUUGAACAAAAUAAAGUAUUGUUAAAGCACGUGAGUGUGAACAAACUUUUAGAAAUGUCAAAUGGUCCUUGCUGUAUAGGUGGACAAAAGGAAGCUUUUCCCAAUGUUUAUAUCGAAAGAAAUUUAUCGGUCAAUGUUAUAGAUAUUAAAUAUUUAGAACAUGUUAAUCAAGACAGUUUUAUCAUUAUCAAUUGUGAAGAAAAUUCUGAACAAUUAAAAAUAUCCAGAGAGCAUACUCUAAUUGAUAUAAACGAUUUUAUCGCUGCUGUAAAUUUCGAAAUUUUCCAGACUCCUGUUUUCAUAGUGAGUAAGAAUAAAUGUAGCGACUUUGAUUUUCAGAAAGUGUGUUCUAAAACACUGGAUUCCAAAAUAGUACAUCAUUUUAAAUUUCUUGAUAGUCAAAAUUUAGAAUGGAUACGAAGUAACGGUGAUGUUGGUGAAUUGCAAAAUUAUAAGUUAAGUAAUCAUUCCAAAAACGAAAAAGAAUUUUGGUCUUUCGGUUUCAGCAACCACAUUAAUCUAAUAACAGACGACCCGGGAAUGGGGAAAACUGAGUUAACAAAAAGUCUAAAAAACGGUUGUUGUUCUAAAUAUUGGACGGUGAUCAUGAAUCCUCAAGAUAUUAAUUCAUUGUCUAAAACUUUACAAACUUGUGAGGCAUCAGAUUACUUAAAUCGGUUCGAAUUAUUCAUCUUAAGCCAAAAAUAUCAACAUCUUGGACAAUUAGAUCUAGAAUUUUUCAAAAUGUGUUUGAAGCAAAACAACGUCGUCUACGUGUGGGACGCUGUCGAUGAAAUUUUAACCAAAAAUUUGGACGCUGCUUCAGACUUGAUCUUCAUGUUAUCGCAAAAAGGUUUCGUUCAGUGGGUUACCGCAAGGCAACACUUGGGGUCCUUUCUUGAAAAAAAAUUUAACGUGUUGUCGAUGAGUAUUAAUCAGUUCAGCGACAGUGAUCAAGAAAAGUACAUUAGAAAACGUCUUAAGACUGUUGUUUCCUCUGGGGAAAUGAAAAGAACGAUCGACAAAAUUAAAUCCACGUUUGCAAUCACAAAACAUAUUGAUAUUUUGGGGAUUCCUCUUCAGAUUUUUAUGCUUACAGAGAUAUUCCUUCAAAAUAAAGAAACGUAUCUAGAAUUGUUGAGCAGCAAUUUUCUCUUUACUGAUUUAUAUCGCCAUUUUAUUGAUGGAAAAUUCAACUUCUUUUUCGGAGGCAAAGUGCCGGUAAUAGGUGACUUCUGGGAGGAAGAGGUCAGAAAGAAGAAAGAAGAAAAAUUAGAGCAGUAUGAAAAGUUGGCACUCAAAUUAAUUUUUCCUGAAGACAUUUUUGAUCAGUUUAAGAUUGAUUGCUCACGAGAUGUAAAGGUAGUUUCUGAAGAUUUAGCAACUGUUGGUAUCAUUACUGGACUACAAAACGGCAUUCCGCAAUUCGUGCACGCUUCCUUUGCCGAGUAUUUUGUUGCUUUGUAUUUUUCUAGAAAUUUUAAAAUGAUACGCAGGGACAUAUUUUUUGAUGCAAAGUAUAACAAUGUACGGUUUUUCUUCGACAUGUUAGUUGGUAAAAAAUCACCGGUCCACGUUGCGGUCUUGUACAAAAAUUUUAAUGAAUUAAGGGGUUAUGAUGACGAAACAAUAAAGCGUAAAGACGACGGUGGAAGAAGUGCCUUACAUCUCAUUUGUUCUUGGGGACAAAGACAUCGACGUUUAAAUGUAGAAGAAAGAGAUAAUGUUUAUGUAGUCGAGAACGAUUGGGAGUUUAAAGGGUCACUACACACAGAAGAUUAUAACGAGGCAUUGCUGUUUUUGUUAAACAAAUGUGACAUUUCUGAGCUAGAUUCGUUACUAAAAAUCACGCCUCUGGAAUGUUGUCGAGAAAGUGAGAGUUUGGGGGCGGAACUGGAAUUAUUACAGUCAAGAAAAUUGGAAUUCCAACGAUCGUAUAGUAGAAAUGAUAGAAUUAAUAUCUUGUAUUAUUCUGCUCAGUUAGGUUACAAUGACGCCAUUAAAACGGUUAUUUCCGAAACUUCUGGCUCCUCUUGUAACGAAGUAAAUUUUAUUGUUGAAUACAGUCAUGAAACACCUUUGCCAAUGGCUUCACAGAGAGCUAUAGAAUAUUUUGUUAAAACCGAAGCCGAAACGACUCGAGCUGAUAAUAAAUGUGGUUGGACCCCUCUUUACUCAGCUGCGUCUAACGGCCACGAAAAAACCGUCGAAUUCCUGGUGAAAUGCGGAGCGGAAAUUAAUCGCGCCACAAAUGGUGGCCGGACAUCACUUUAUAUAGCUUCGUCGAACGGCCACGAAAAAAUCGUCGAAUAUCUAGUGAAAUAUGGAGCCGAAAUCAAUCACGCUGUUGACAAUGGUUGGACCCCGCUUUACGCAGCUUCGUCGAACGGCCACGAAAAGAUUGUCGAAUAUCUAGUGAGACACAGAGCCGAAAUUUAUCGUGCUGAUGACGCUGGAUGGACCCCACUUUUUGCAGCUGCCUGGAACGGUCACCACGAUGCUGUUGAAUGCCUAGUGAAAUGCGGGGUCGAAGUCAAUAGGGCUACAUAUAAUGGUCGCACACCCCUCUACCAAGCGUGUUUAAACGGCCAGGAAAAAACAGCCGAAUGCCUAGUGAAAUGCGGAGCCCAAAUCAAUGUCACUGAUAUGUCCGGUGAGACACCACUUUAUGUAGCUUCCUGGGUAGGCCACAAAAAAUCUGUCAAAGUCCUAGUGAAAUGUGGAGCCGAAAUUAAUCGCCCUAAUAACAGUGGUUGGACCCCACUUUACGCAGCUGCUUUCAAGUGUAACGAAAAAGUUGUCGAUUAUCUAGUGAAAUCCGCAGCGGAUAUCAAUCGCGCUAAUAAUGAUGGUGAAACACCGCUUUAUGCAGCUUCCUCUCAAGGUCACGAAAGAAUUGUCGAAUGUCUAGUGAAAUAUGGAGCAGAAAUCAAUCAUGCUGUAAAGAAUGGCUGGACACCACUGUACGUAGCCUCUUCGAAUGGCCAUGAAAAAGUUGUCGAAUGUCUGGUGAAAUUCGGGGCCGAAAUUAAUAGUAGUAAUAAUGUUGGUUGGACACCGCUUUGCACAGCAUCUUCGAAAGGCCACGAAAAAGUUGUCGAAUGUCUGGUGAAAUUCGGGGCCGAAAUAAAUAGUAGUAAUAAUGUUGGUUGGACACCGCUUUGCACAGCAUCUUCGAAAGGCCACGAAAAAAUUGUCGAAUUUCUAUUGGAAUGCGGAGCCGAAAUCAAUCGCUCGACAAAUGAUGGUUGGACACCCCUUAGCGCGGCUUUUUUGAAAGAUCACGAAAACAUUGUCCAAUACCUAGUGAAAUACGGAGCGGAAAUCAAUCGCACUAAUGUCGGUGAAGGGACACCACUUAAGGCAGUUUUGCCGAACGACCGCGAAAAAAUUGUCGAAUAUCUAGUGAAAAAUGGAAUCGAAAUCAAUCGUGCCAAUGAUGUUGGUUGGACAUCGCUUCAUGCAGCUGCCUCGAACGGCCACGAGAACAUGGUCAAACACCUAGUGAAAUGCGGAGCCGAAAUAAAUCGCGCUGAUAACGAUGGCGUGACACCGCUUUACGCAGCUUCCUCGAACGGCCACCAAGAAAUUGUCGAAUAUCUAGUGAAAUACGGAGCCGAAAUCAAUCGCGUUGACAAUUAUGGUCGGACACCACUUUAUACUGCAUCCUCAAAAGGCUACGAAAAAACUGUCGAAUAUCUAAUGAAAUGCGGAGCCGAUGUCAAUCGUUCUGACAAUGGUGGUUAUACACCGCUUUGCGCAGCUUCUAACAACGGCGACGAAAAAAUUGUCGAAUAUCUAGUGAAACACGGUGCCGAAAUCAAUAGCGCUGAUAAAUAUGGUUGGACACCACUUCACGCAGCUUCGUCCAGGGGUCACGAAAAGAUUGUCGAAUGCCUGGUGAAAAGCGGAGCUGAAAUCAAUGGCGGUUAUAAAUGUGAUCGGACACCGCUUUUUAUGGCUUCCAAACAAGGUCGGGAAAAAGUUGUUGAAUAUCUUGUGAAAUCCGGAGCCGAAGUGAAUCUCGCUGAUUACUAUGAUCAGACCCCGGUUUAUGUAGCUUCUGAGCGCAACUACGAAAAAAUCGUCGAAUGCCUAGUGAAAUCCGGAGCAGAUACAAAUCGGUGUGAUAAAUAUGGUCAGACACCACUUGACAUAGCGUAUAAGUAUCAGUAUAAGAAAAUAGUAGAAUUUCUACUAGCAAAUGGGGGAACAAAAUAAUAAUAUCUUAUAAUAAUUAUGUACAUAACGAAUUAUGUCAUAACAUGUAGAAAAUUGUUAACUCAGUUUUUCCAAUCCCAUUUUUUAAACCUACAAUUUGCGGAAUUUGGCAUACAGUUUAAUUUUCAAAUGGAAUAUUUUUUAACCGUAGUGUAGUUUCAGUUUUUUUUUUUUUUUGAUGUUUAUGAUACUCCAGUAUAACCACAGAUCCUGUUUUUUGUACAACGGAGUCUAGAUCUAUCAAUCUCGAUUGUCAUGUACGAUUCUUUGUCACUUUGAAAUUAAGACUACACUCCUGUUCAUAUUUGUACCCUUUCUUGAUAGUUUUUUAAUAGUCAGGUUUUUCCGAUCUAGGUCAAUGUUUUUUGUUUUUUAAUACACAUUUGUCUUUUGAUUUAGGACUAAGUAUUUAUUUAUAGAUUUUAAAAUUAAUUUGCACACUAUAGGUUCAUGGUUUGCGUGAACUAUUUGACAAACUUGUAGAGUUUGUGAAAUUUAUUUUACAAGUGUUG